CUCUUCUCUAAUUCAACCUCUCGCAUCACUCCACCAAACACCCGUCAAAGGCCCCGCCAAAGACCAGCUCAUUAGUAGCCAUCGCCAUUUGAUAAUCUCCUCCCAUCCCCAACAAUAAGGAAAUAAAGGAUGUCGCGACACAAGAAUAUUCGAAAUCUUGACCCAUACGCAGAACUCGAUGACUUCGAUGGAGGGGGGUCUAAUGAUAUUAGCGCAUCUGAUGAAAGACAAUUACAGGAGGGCCUGGUCCAAGUUCGGGGAGCCCUGGAACGCGCUAGAAUUUCUGUCACAGAUAAGGAGAUUGAAGAAUCGCUAUGGUACUACUACUUCGACGUCAGCAAGACUAUUAAUUACAUUUUGAGCCAUCAUGCGCCAGCCAAGAAGUCAAAAAAGAAGGCCCAAUCACAGUUUACGCAGAAAGCUCAAAAAGGUGCCCCAACGGUGGCACAAGCCAAAGCUUUCUCGGAGCCUAGCCCUGAUGAUAUAGUGAUGGCCGCCCAGAGUAGUAGUAAAGGUUUGAAUAAUGCAAAAAAGAAGACAGAUAAACCCGCCGAGAAGAUAGAGGCCGCCGUCCAGGCGAUGGCCAUCGACAACACGCCUGUUAAGGCCAGAAAGAAGAUUGAUGUUUUAGAGAAAUUCAAGAAUGCCACAACGAAAGAGAAUGCAAACUUUGUUGUAAUAGGCCAUGUGGACGCUGGGAAGAGCACAUUAAUGGGAAGGCUCCUUUAUGAUUGCGGUGUAAUAGACGAACGUACAAUCCAGAGAUUCAAGGCGGAAGCAGAAAGGAUUGGGAAACAAAUGAGGAGCGAUCAAGAGGUGUGA